GUGCGCGUGAACUCCUAGUGCAGCGGCAACCAGUGGCGGAGAGGGCGGUGCGCAAAAAGGGGGCGUGGUCUAAGCGGCGCAUGGCCGCGUGCGCUCGCUCACCUCCAUGUUUGCCAGGCGAUCUUUGAACCUCCCCCCCAGGGAAGGAACAUUGUCCUCCGCCGUGCUCCUCCGCGAGAGUGGGGGGAGCUCCACCAUGAAGUCGGACCGCAGUUAAAAGACGUCAGCCGAACUUGGCUCCUCUCCAUUCCUGGACGGCACCGAUGGCUCCUCGCCUCCUCCUCCGUGUUUGGGGGCUCCUGCCCCUGAUCCUGCCCCUGAUCCUGCUCCUCUGUGCGGGCGCGCUGGGCGGACAAGAGUUCCUGGAGAACAUCCUGCGCUUCUACGGACGCAACGAGUCCAUCUCCGGCCGCGACCUGGAGGACUUGCUGCGCGUCGUCUCGGCCCGGAGAGCGGAGUCCGUCAUGGAGGACAGCAACCCGUUGGCCGGACAGGAGUGCCUCUCAGCCAAGCAGAUCUUGUCCCACUUUGGCCUCCCAAAUGGCAGCCAGCUGGGUGUGGACCACCUGGAGAGGAUCUGUCCUGCCGUGUUGACCCAGGUGCUGCUGCCCUCCUGCCCUUACACCACCCCCCUGCCUCCACCACAGCUCCACUACUCCGUGUGGGGGUGGGGCUUCCUGGCGGUGACGGUCAUCAACUUGGCGGCGCUGCUGGGCCUGCUGCUGAUUCCCUUCACCAAGAAGUCCUACUUCCCCAAAGUGCUGACCUACUUCAUCGGCCUGGCCAUCGGAACUCUCUUCUCCAACGCCGUGCUGCAGCUCAUACCCGAGGCCCUCGGGUUUGAUCCCAAGAAGGACGACUACGUGGCCAACGCCAUCGGCAUCUUUGGAGGCUUCUAUCUGCUCUUCUUGGUGGAGAGGAUCUUGAGGUUGCUUCUGCGCGUGGAACAUGAGCACGGCCCCUCCCACCUCUCUCCUGCCGCCCCCCCCCUGCAGAACGGCGAGGUGUCGGAGAAGAAGGACUCCAAGACGGCGCUGAGCAUCUCGGGCAGCAUCAGCAGCGUCAACUCGGACCGCACGCGUGCAGACAUGAUCCCCGCCGAGGAUGUGCAGGCGUCCAGCGUGAUGUGUCGCUGUCUGCGCGGUCAGCGCAUCAGCAACAUCAAGACGGUGGCGUGGAUGAUCACCCUGAGCGACGCGCUGCACAACUUCAUCGACGGCCUGGCGAUCGGCGCCUCUUUCACCGUGUCCAUUCUGGCCGGCUUCAGCACGUCCACCGCCAUCGUGUGCGAGGAGUUCCCCCACGAGCUGGGUGACUUUGUGAUCCUCCUCAACUCGGGCAUGAGCGUCCCUCAGGCCAUCUUCUUCAACCUGCUGUCGGCCAUGGCGUGCUACGUGGGCCUGGUGUUCGGCAUCCUGCUCGGCAGCAACUAUGCCCCCAACGCCAUCUUCGCCGUGGCGGGGGGCAUGUUCCUCUACAUCGCCCUGGCAGACAUGUUCCCGGAGAUGGACGCCAUUGCUAGGGAGGCCACGCGGACCUCCUCCAGGCUGGUCUUCUUCCUGAUCCAGAACGCCGGGCUGCUGACGGGCUUCGCCAUCAUCCUGCUCAUCACCACGUUUGCAGGGCAGAUCAACCUGGGCUGAAGAAAAGAACACAACCAAGCCUUUUAGACCGGACCAUACACACAAUCCUUUCAUUCAUGAAAUCCAGCUUGAUUUGUCUUAAAGAGACAGUACAUUCUUUUUAUUCCCUCUCUGGGUGCUGUACUGUCACCGCCUGUGUCACAUUUUCACUUUCUAUUUUGUAUUUGUCCAUUUAUGUGUGUAUGAUUUACAGAAUCACAUCCUUUAUUUUAUUUGAAAUGGAACAAAUUGCAGUUUAGAUGUUUUAAUUGUACGUUUACACCAGACUUUUGUUGCUCAGGGUUUAUUCAGAGCUUCUGUUUGAGAGAAAGUGACUUCAAAUAUAAAUGUCUAUGAGUAGACUUUGUCAACAACUGGGACCUUUUUGGCCUCCUGGCUUUUUAAUGCUUUGUUUUUUUGUUAAAUCAUGUAAGUAUGAACGUUGUGAUUCAUAGACCGGAGCACUGUGUUGAAAUAUAUCCCAGCUCUUUCAAGUAGUUUGAUUUU